AUGUUUGAUGUCAAUCGUCAGUGUCACAAGGAUCCUCAGGUGUUUGGGUCCUGUCCAAACCAGCUUUUAUUCGGUUCUUUAGCGAAAAGAAAGUAUAUCUACUUUCGGAAAAUAAAACCGCUGGACGGUAUCUUCACUUACUUCAUAUGGAGCCAGAAGAACGUUGUUCUUGAAGAGAUUAAAAUCAGGUCUGAAUGCGACCAUAUUAGUCUUGUGAGUGACAAACUUUCGGCGGACUUUGUGCGAAUGUUCUUUCCACCUCUACCACUUCAGCGAUCGCUGCUGCUCUUCGCCUUCAGAUCGUCUUUUACUAUCAUUCCGUAG